GCCUGGACGCACGCGGCUCGACAGUCAGCGUCGGCGCGGCUCUGCGCAACCACGGCAGCCACCAUGUCCUCCACAGCGGCCAUCGCCCCGGAACCUGGCACGCCGAAAACGCUGGACGCCAACCGGUAUGCGACGAAGAAGACGAUCGCGCAGGGCAUGCUGGACAUCGCUCUGCUGACUGCCAAUGCCAGCCAGCUGAAGUACGUCCUGCAGGCGGGGAGCAAGCACGAGUUCUACUCGCUCAUGGUCGGGCUCAUCUCCACCUCCAUCGUCCUCCAGGCAACACAAGCUAUAAUUUAUGUUAUCUUAACUGCAACCUAUAGUAUCAACACUGGCUGCCAGCAAAGAAGGUGCAGAAUCUGGAACAAUAUAGCACUUUCUUUAAAUAUAUUGACCACAAUAGUCAAUGUUAUUAUCAGAGGAUUUGAUGCACCACUGAUUAGCAGUAAUGGGACUUCCGGGACAGGAAAUUUCACUAUGUAGUUGAAACACUUUUCAGCAUUUCAACAUAAUAUGGCAAUAUGGAAAUUUGUAAAGUCAGUGUUUCAUUCUGAAAAACUUUGUGAUGUGUGAAGAAUGUGUAUGUGGAAACCGUACUUUAAAAGGAUGGAACAUUGAAGGAUGGUUCUUAUCACUCCACAAAACAUUAAAUUUUUGCUAAGAACAAUGACUACAUGAUCAGUAGACUACUUUUACCAGUUGUUAAUAAAGUUAUUUACAAAUAUUUAUUUUUAUUGAACUAUUUUCAAAUGUAAAAGUAAGAUAAGCACCUUGUAUCAUAUAUGUUUUCAUGAAGAAAAUAUAUGGAUUCUGCCACUAAAAGCAAGUUAUAUGAGAAUAAUAUUUUAUAGUGUUUAAUUUGCAAUGUUACCAGAGGUUUCUUGUGUAGAUAUGGGAUAAAAUUUGUAUCUUUAAAUUUUUAUCUCUGUAAGAAACACUUUUGAUCCAACACCACACUUACCCUUUCAAAUUUUGUAGCUGACAAUUGACCAUAUAGUAUAAAAAACAAAAUAAAUUUAAAAAUAUUUUUUGUA